AUGGCUUGUAAAGCAAAGCUUAUGAUUCCUGAGGAUGAGAAGAACGAAGGAAAGCCAUAUGCCCUUUCACACACAAGGACCGCCAUUACAACAAUAAAGGCGAAGUUCAAUACGCAGCAGUUACAGAGGUUCGAGGGGAGUUGUUUUGGUCAUCUAUUACUGAUAGAGGACCUGAAGUGGAAUUCACAAAUUAUCCACGGCCUGUUGAUGAGGAAGGCUGAUCCUAAGACAGUUACACAGGAGAACGGGAUAAAAUUCAUUGUGGGUAACAAGUUGAUACAAUUCACAGCCCAACAAUUUUGCCUCAUCACGGGGCUAAGUUUCGGAAAGCUCCCUUUCAUUCCGAAGGCGACAAAUGAAAAUUGCUCGUUGAAGCGAAAAUACUUCAGCACCAAUAAACCUGCCACCCUUUUGGACCUACACACUGCCUUCAUCGAGUGCACAGAUGAUGAGGAUGCGUUCAAGCUUGGAAUGGUCUAUUUUGCCAAUUUUGUUCUAUUGGGUACUGAAAAGCAUGUGCUUAUUGACAUGCGCUAUUUGAAGUUGGUUGAAGACCUAGACGAGUUUGACAAGUAUCCAUGGGGCGCAGUGUCAUAUGCAAUGACAAAUGCUUCACUGUUGAGGGCCGUUUCUGCUGAAUACCAACGAGUCAAAGUGCCCCAAAAAAGAAAAAUGCCCAAACAACGUGGAAACAGAACGCAGACAAGAAUGCGAAGUGAUUUGGGCCUUUGA